AUGAAGAGGCGUGAAUGGAGUGUCGGUUCGAGUGGAGGCAGUGGCGCCAAGCUGGCUAAGGAGGGGAGUGCCAGCAGGGGCGGUAGCAUAGGUAGUGCGCGUAGUUCGUGUAGUGCGUGUAGCGCAGGUGCUACAGUUAGUAGCCUGUACCGAACCAACUGCCUAACUAAGGAGAAAAAAAAAAGUGACCUGAGGGGAACUCCUUCCACCCCAUCCACGAGGAAAGCAAGCACAACGGGUGAGUCAGACAUGGGGAGGGGGGCAAGGACGAGUCUACGCGCAAGUGCGAAAAAGAAACGAGGACCACACCUGACACGCAACGUUACACAGAAUGAGGCGCAAAAGGGAGCGAACAAAUUAGUAAACGUGUCGUCACCAAGGCGGGUGCAAAAAAUCGCCUGUCUGGCGACGUAUGCACACAAGUACAGGCUGACCAAGACGUGUAGCCUGAAGAAGGCCUGCCAAAACAAGAGGAAUACGAGUACCCCUCGAGGUAGUAGCAACUGCAGCGAGAGGAUAAAUGGGCUAAUGGAGGAACAGAAAAAAAAGUGUCGCUCCCAUUACCACCGCGGGGUCCCGAACGUACAGGGUCCCCCCAUUAGUAUGUUUCAUCAGGAAGGCGCAGGAAAGGCCUCUUGGGGGAAAAUGAAGUCCAUAACGAAAUUGAGGCAAAAAAAAAAAAAAAAUGAACAGCUGCUCGAGGGACAGGAUCAAUUAAAUGAGCAUAUGAAAGACAUGAAUGGAACGCGCAGCGGAAGUGACCCAGGUGAUGUUCCUAAGUGGGAUGAACUGUAUAGCUUCUUCCCUCAUGUAUACAACCCUGUGGACAGUGAUGGUGCAAAAGGGACCCCCAGUGGAGGGGUCACUACUCACGCCCCGUGUGAGUACCCAGUGGGGCAAAUCUACGAAGGUGUGAAGGGGAGACCACGAAUCGUUCACAUGGGAGUAGGUGGAGGGGAUAUGUCAAUUGCAUUCUCCGAGACUGUUCCCACUACCGCGGCUUUUUAUGAACAGCACGUGGGGUAUGAUGGCUUUCACGGGCAGUACCUACCGAAUGAACUGGGCAGGGGAGGCAGCUCCAACGAGGAAGACAUGAACGGAGGGUUUCAUGAGUUAAGGAGAAAGGACACAAAUGGGGACCUCUCUAAUGAUUAUAUAACUUACAAGCAGUACGUUCUGCAGAGCAACUCGAAUGGACAGAGUAGGAUGGAGGGAGGGCUACCUACCCACCAGAUGCAACAGGAACCAAUUCACAAACGAAGCGACGAAUUGGCUUCACACUUGAAGAAGCACAAACAGCAUGCAUGUUCAAUUAAUAAUAAUCAUUUGAAGAGUCACUCCUCCGACAGUGACGCGAUAGACGACGUGCACUCAAAUUGUGGAGAGUCCUUUACCAUUAAACACUUGCCAGAGGUACCAAGUGAUGUGGCCAUGGUAUGCAGUAGCCACGAUGCUUCUCUCCAACCUAAGCGGCAUGAGUGGCGUUCGUUUUUAACGGGUGAACUAGCCAUGAAUGAAGGAGGUGGGGGUGCCACCCGAGCAUGUUACAGCUCUUCAGGUGACGAUGGGUCAGACGUGUGUGCAGAGGGGAGAGCGGAACGAAGGGGACAGAGCCAUUUGCGAAAUGUGAUGGAGCCAAAUGAGCACGUCCUCAAUGCUAACUGUUACCGUGACGGGGGUGACCACUUUGCUAACUGCGAUGCUCUUUCGUUCUCAUGCAACGGGGUUCAGUCGCCAUGGGUGGGUCCCAUGAUGGACUCGAGUAGGCACUUUGGGGAGAGGGGACCUCUGUCCCACUCCGACAACUACUUCCGCGGUGUGAUCUCGGAGGACCAGCGUGCAGGUGGGGAUGACCCCCUCGGUGACGCUACUGCGUGUGGGGGCCACCCUUGUUGCGUGGACCCUUCCUGUUCCGUGCGAGGGCAGGAAAGAGGGCCCAACGACUACUCACUACAAAGACCUCGCUUCAGCGACGCCCUUCUGUACAGCCACAAGACUGACGUGUCCAUAAUGCACAUCGAUAGUCUGGAGGAUACACCAGGUCCAUAUGAACAGAGAGACAUGCACAAGGGGGACAAGUGUAGUGGCACUCCUUAUGUCGAUUAUAUUAUUCAAGCCAAGAACAGAAUGGAAGGGGCGGACGACGCGGGCGACGCGCACAAUGCACAUUUGAGGAGCCCUUCGUAUAACGCAUCUUCAGGGGGCUCACCCACACAACCACACCGAGAGCAAAUGUCAAUCGGAAGGGGGCAUAGCCAGCGCUCAAACGAAAAUAAAAACAACCUGCGUGAUCAUAACGAAUCGGAGGAGACUAAUCUCCUUGGGGAGGACUACCCACACGGGGUGGUGUGUGUCCACCUGGGAGGAAGAACCGACAGGGGCAGCACCAACGGCGUGUACCAACUUAGGAAGAACAAGAAUGAACGAAACAUAAUGGACGAUUCAAUUUUGUCCCACUCGUUUGAACAAUAUAAUCAUUCCGCCGGUGAUGAAGGAUGCGAUGGAGAGAUGGUCCAGUGCGACACUCGAAGAGGAAGCACGUACGCAGGUGUUCAUUUGAAAUCUGUGCACAACACGUUUGAGGAUCCACAAGAGGAAGGAAUUGUUAUUGGAGAAGACCCAUGUUCCUCCUUUGGUGUUCCUCAUGUGAGGGGUAGUAACGGUGUACUAGGUGCAGAGGGUCGUGAGGAGGUCCCCCACCAUACUCUACAUGCACAUGCAGGCGGAGACAAGUUUGCGGUUGAGCUGUUAUACUCCUCUUCAACGUUUGGAAGUAACACCACGGAGGGGAGCAACGGCGGUGGUGAAGCGAUUGAUGAUGGACCGCUUCAUGGUGGACCGGUUCAGGGAAGUCGUAGCGACUCACUUGGACGGAACGGCGCCACCGCAACAACGCAGGUAAAUCAUUAUUCACCUGAACAUGUUCAUACGAAAGGGAUGAAAAAAAGCAGCUCCUUCAUCUCGGAACACAACACAAGAAACAAACAAAUGGGGAUGCUGUCCUUUAUUAGAAGUCGCAGUGCCCACAUGGUGAAGGAGUCCAGGCGAGACUGUCCAUUGAAGUUUGAUGACACCACCCCCAUAUGCAAUAAGGAAAUGAAUAGGAAGAAGAGUCGAUCGAACGGAUGGGCAAAAUUUAAAUGCACCAUGUUAUCUGAACAAAUGGUGAGACAGGGGGAGGGAAUUACAAGCAAGGGGCAGGAGCAUGAGGACGGUUCUACGAGAACGAGGGAAAGGACCUCCGCGUUGAGUAAAAUUCCCGAGGGGUGUGUCCUUUCUCGUGCAGCUCUGCCAAAUGAGACUGGCGAGAAAAAAAAAAAAAAAAAAUUUUUACGAGCAAACUGUUGGAGGGAUUGA